AAGUCCACAGUUGGUUAAAAGAUGAAGGUCUAGUUAAAAAGGAAUUACUCAUAUUGCUAAGCCCUCAUAUUAACAGUUUCACCACAUUUCAAAAACUCAGGAAGAAGGAUGGGUGUGUGUGUGCUUCUUGACCCUCUGAAGAUACCUAGCCUCAUGUGCCUAAACCCAGCUGGAAGGCCUUAGGACUUCUCAGCAGAAGCUUCACCCUCUUGGAAGAAGACCCAUAAUGCCAUCUACCUUGGAGGGCCACUGCAUUCUGGGUGACAAGGAACUUCAACUCCAUACUGGGCGAUGGGAAGAGCAGCUCCAUGAUCGACAAGGCCAUGGCUGGGUAUUGCCCCUCCAUCUUCCAAACGUAGAGCAUCAGGUGUCUUGGGAUACAUACCUGCAAAUACAGUCCUGUGAAAACAAGGCUCUACACACCAGCUGAGACCGAGGACCAAACAGCUAAACGCCAGACGGCCCAAGAAACCCCAAAUAAAAACCUAUAUGACUACAUAUAGGAUAUUUUCUGCAAUCUAUCCCCCCGCCCACUCUUUAACCCAAAUCUAAUUCUAACCCCCUACUCCCCCACCCACCACACCCUAGCUCAGCGCAACUCCAUUGGUUCAUAGAAUCAUAGAAUCAUAGAGUUGGAAGAGACCACAAGGGCCAUCGAGUCCAACCCCCUGCUAAGCAGGAAACACCAUCAGAUCACUCCUGACAUAUGGUUGUCAGGUUGUCUGCUUAAAGACCUCCAAAGAAGGAGACUCCACCACAUUCCUUGGCAGCAAAUUCCACUGUCGAACAGCUCUUACUGUCAGGAGGUUCUUCCUAAUGUUUAGGUGGAAUCUUCUUUCUUGUAGUUUGGAUCCAUUGCUCCGUGUCCGCUUCUCUGGAGCAGCAGAAAACAACCUUUCUCCCUCCUCUAUGUGACAUCCUUUUAUAUAUUUGAACAUGGCUAUCAUAUCACCCCUUAACCUCCUCUUCUCCAGGAUAAACAUGCCCAGCUCCCUUAGCCGUUCCUCAUAAGGCAUCGUUUCCAGGCCUUUGACCAUUCCAGGCCUUUGACCAUUCGAUAGACAAUACAAGGUGAGAGACACAGGGCAACCCAGACGGGUUGGCAGGGAAUCACCCUAUACUGUAGAUAAGCAAGAUAGCUAGCUUAAAAGCAAUUACAUUACAUGUAAUUAUGUCUGUAUGGCAUAAAUUGGGAAACCUCAUCAAAGGAAAACGCAUCACUUCAUAUAUCAACACCAGGACUGACCAUGCCUACCCUAACUUAUGAGGAACAGGAAUUCAUAGACAGUCCUAUCACCCAAGAGGAAAUAGAUAUGGUCCUCAAAAACCUCAAGCCACACAAAGCUCAAGGCCCAGAUGGCUUUACAGAAGAAUUCUAAAGGAAAUUCAAAGAACACCUGAUGACCUACAUGACCUGCCUUUUCAAUGGUAUCAUAAAAGGGGGGCCCAUCCCCAAAACAUGGACCUACUCCAAAACAGUCUCCAUCCCAAAACCACUGAAAGACAGCCUCAAAGUAGAAUCAGACCGCCCAAUCUCAUUAAUAAACCAAGACGACAAUAUAUUCACAUCAGACUUGGCCAACGGCCUAAAUAUUUUCCAACACAAGUUAAUAGCCCCAGACCAGACUGGCUUUGUCCCUGGUUGCAAUAUAACACACCCCAUCAGGAAACUACUGAACACAGCACGACAACUAAAUGCCCACUGACAAUUAUGUCCCUAAACAUGCUUAAUGCUUUGGAUUGCUUAGAGUGGAAAUACCUGUUAGCAGUACUGACAUGAAAUUUGGCCCCAAUUUCCUGCAACUCCUCAAACAAAUAUACUCCCAAGCCUCAGCAAUAUGGAGGACUAACAACAGGGACUCUAAUACACUCUAAUACCAUAGCAAUCCAAAAAGGCACAAAACAAGGAUUCCCACUUUCUCUCUUCUUAUUCAUCCUGGCUCUGGAACCUUUAGCAAUCUGAAUUCGAGCAGCCACAGAAAUCAAGGGAGUGGAAAUAAAAGGCAAAACCUACAAAUUAGGACUCUUUGCAGAUGACAGCACCAGACCCCAUAAGCACAGCAACCUCCUUAAUCAGAGAACUCAACACAUUUGCAAUGGUGUUGGGCCUACAGGUAAAUUUUGCAUAGUCGGAAGCUAUGUGCUUCCCACACACAGAAAGACCUCGCUAACGUCACCAAGAUAAAACUUUGCCACACCAAGUUCAGAUACAAUAGGGUACAAAGAACCUGAAACCUCAAUAAAGUAUGCCUCCACAACUACAACCCCUUGUUGGCAGCAAAUUAACAAAGACCUAAACAGAUGGAACAACAUCAACUUCACUCUCUCAGACAAAAUAGGUAAAGGUAAAGGGACCACUGACCAUUAGGUCCAGUCGUGACCGACUCUGGGGUUGCGGUGCUCAUCUCACUUUACUGGCCGAGGGAGCCAGCGUACGGCUUCCAGGUCAUGUGGCCAGCAUGACUAAGCUGCUUCUGGCGAACCAGAGCAGCACACGGAAACGCCGUUUACCUUCCUGCCAGAGUGGUACCUAUUUAUCUACUUGCACUUUGAUGUGCUUUCAAACUGCUAGGUUGGCAGGAGCAGGGACCGAGGAACGGGAGCUCACCCCGUCGCGGGGAUUCAAAGCGCCGACCUUCCGAUCGGCAAGUCCUAGGCUCUGUGGUUUAACCCACAGCGCCACCCGCGUCCCCUCAAACAAAAUAACCAUGAUCAAAAUGAUCACCCUCCCAAAACUAGCCUACCUAUUCCAAACAAAAAACCAAGAAAAAGCCCCAAAUACCUGCACUUCCCCUCCACAGAGGGAGGAUGGGGAAUCCCCAACAUACAUUGCCAGCCAAGUAUGCUACAUAAUCCCAUAUAUACUAGAAGAUGAAACAAAACAGUGGGUACACCUGGAGAGAGACACAAUUGAAAAUACCUGCACCACAGCAUACCCAAUUCCAAACAAACUAAGGAAAAUUCCCACAAUACUUAACAGCUACACACAGACCAUGCUUAAAGCAUGGAAAGCAGAAAUAGGCAAACUGUCCCCAACCCCAUCCCCACUAAUUCCCCUGCCACACCACCCAUUAUUCCAUCACACAGCACAAAACCUCCAGAUAAAAACCUGGCAAACCAAAGGCUUAUAUCCCCUAACCAACCUCUAUAAAAAUGGCAAACCCUUGCCAACACAAGAAAUACAAGACAAACUAGAAGACACCCACAUGCCCUGGUUAACACACCACCAAUUACAUGCCCUCUUAAACAAUCCAGUAGUAAAAUCAGCAGCAACUAGGCCCCUGACAACCUUCAAAAACCACCCCCAAAAACCUCCUGUGAGAUUAACCCCCCUCAGUGGACCAGAACAUGGUCUAAACCCUGCUUUAAAUCCAUAUCAAAGAAAAGGAAAGCACUCACUCUGAAACUCACCUACAGGUGGUACCUAACACCAAGGAAAUUAGCGCUAAUAAGCCCAGGUAAUUCACCAAAAUGCUGGAGAGGGUGCACCUCCCCAGGCACAUACCUCCACAUGUGGUGGGAAUGCCCCCAAAUCCAACUCUUCUGUACAAAAUCCAUAUGAUAAAUAUGUAAAAUAACAAAGCAAGUAUUAGAAAUCACCCCAGAACUGGCCCUACUAAACAUCUUCCAAGACAACAAUGCCCACUCAAAUCACAAAGAACUCAUAACCCACCUAUUCUCAGCAGCCAGAAACAUCAUAACCUGGUGAGACCUGUCAGGAAUAAGUAUGGAACAAUGGUACCAAAUAGUAUGGGCAACCGCCUUAUUAAAAAAAUUAACCAAUAAACUGAAACUGACACAGGGACAAAUAGAAGAAGACGCCUUCACCCCGGUAUGGCUCCCCUUUAUCACAUACACAGCCCAACAAGACAAUGACAAAAAUCCACCAAAAGAAUACAAAUCAAUAUGGCUAACCUGAUCCAAAACACCCAACCACAAAUGAAUAACCACACCCUAGGCCAACCCCAACCUCUCUCACCACCAAAGGAAGACAAGCGAACAGCAAAGAACCUGCACAAGCAACGCUGACACAAACCCCCACAUAUAUUAAGUAAAAUAGAAACAUCCCCACCCGACCCCACACCCACUCAUCUUUCCUCUCCUCCACCUCUUUCCCCCUAUUCUUCCUAAUGUCUUAACAAAUGGGGGGGGGAAGUGUGUUACGUGGGGGGGGAAUACGAGACAGAGACACUGCACAUACCUUUGUAAAUCAUGACAAUCUUUACUAAAAAUACAUUUUUUAAAAAAAUAUGAAACUGACCUGUAGAAAAUGUAACUUGAAAAAAGAAACAUUGCACAUACUUUUGUAAACCAAGAAAUAAAAAAGACAUUAAAAAUAUUUACAGUUUCACCACAUUUCAGAAACUCAGGAAGAAGGAUGGGCGUGUGUGUACUUCCUGACCCUCUGAAGAUACCCAGCCUCAUGUGCCUAACCCCAGCUGGAAGGCCUGCCUGCCUUAGGACUUCUAAGCAGAAGCUCCACCUGCCUGGAAGAAGACCCACAAUGCCACAAUGCCACCUACCUGGGAGGGCCACUGCAUUCGGGGUGGCGAGGAAUCUCAACUCCAAACCGGCCGAUGGGAAGAGCAGCUUCAUGAUGGAACAGGCCAUGGCUUGGGAGUUCCCCUCCAUCUUCCAGAAGCACUGCAUCAGGCGUCUUGAGAUACAUCCCUGCAAAUACAGUCCUGUGAGAAGAACGCCAGGAAACAUUUUGCUAGCACAGAGCCUGUCCUCUAAACCGAAAGGCAGAACCUGAGGUGCUCAGAGGCUUUGGGCACUUUGGCAAAGUAAAAGAGGAAUAUUGGACAGCUCUAAGGUGGAAUCUAGAUACACAUAAAAAACCCACUAGUAAAACACAUACUUAAAAAAUACCAGAGGCCUUUUUCUUAGGUUUAGUAGGAGAAGAAUUACCGAAGGAUAAGAAAGUACUGUUUAUGUAUGCGAUGACAACGGCAAGAAUACUACUUGCCCAGGGAUGGAAAGAAGAAAGAGCCCCAUCGAAAGGAGAAUGGAUAAUGAAGAUGAUGGACUAUGCGGCAAGGCGGACCGGGAAAAUCAGGCACUAAGAGUUUAACAAAUUUACUAAAGAAUGACAUACCUCUAAAGAAUAUAGUAAAGAACACUGUAAACAUUUUAAAAUGUUGGCAGGAUGAAAUAGCACUUGUAAUUUAAAAUAACAAAGGAUAAAAAUGAAGUACAAUAAUUUGGAUAAAUGCAAUUAGAUGCAGUUUAAAAAGGAAGAUAAAUUUUGGAAGCCAAGGGAGAGGUGGAGGGAAGUCCGGGGGUUCAGGGAACCCCAUAAAGGUACUGAUAUUGAUUGUGGUGUAAUGUAAGCAUGUGUGUGUGUGUGUGUGUGUGUGUGUGUGUAAAAAAUUGUGUUUUUUUCUUUUUGAAACUUUGAAAAUAAAAAGUUAAAAAAGAAAAUACUUUUUUAAAGUGUUUUGAAAAAUAUAUUGAAUUUGCCAUGAGCUCACCCUCGCCAUCUAGUGUCUAGCUGAAACCUGUGCCAAGGUGGGCAACCAAGAUGAUCAAGGGUCUAGAAACCAAGACUUAUGAGGAACGGUUGAAGCAGCUGGGUGUGUCUAGCCUGGAAAAGAGGAGAUUUAGAAAAGAUAUGAUAGCCAUCUUCAAAUAUCUGAGGGGCUGCCACAUGGAAGAUGGAGCAAGCUUGUUUUGUCCUGUUCUGCGGGGUAGGACUCAAACCAAUGGCUUCAAGGUACAUGAAAGGAGAUUCAAACUAAACAUCAGAAAGAAUUUGCUGACAGUAAGACCUGUUUAGACAGUGGGACAGCCUGCUUUGGGAGGUAUGUGGGCUCUCCUUGCUUGGAGGUUUGUCAGUAGAGGUAGGGUGGCCAUCUGUCAUGGCUGCUUUAGUUGGGAUUCCUGCAUUGCAGGAGGUUGGACUAGAUGUCCCUUCAGUUCCCUUCUAAUUCUAUGAAAUCCCCAUCCCCAUCUGGUAUUCAAAAUCUGCUUUUAACAGUCCUAUUCUUAACAAAACGAAUAACAGAAAGGGCUUAUAGGAGAACCAUGGUGAAUAUGGCACUCUUCAUAUGUUUUGAACAACUCCCAGCAGGUCCAGUCAACAUGAUGGGCCUUGUGGGAGUUGCAAUCCGAAACAUCUGGAGGACACAAGCUUGGUGAAAGCUGCUGCACAACGAGGCCUCUGCUCAAAAGAGCAUCCCUUCUCUGUCAGAGCCAAGGUGUAUCUAGUCCAGCACCCUGCUUCCAUCAAGGACUAACCUGAUCCCCCUGGAUGUUCUUAAGUGGCUCCCCAGCAGUUGGUAUUCAGAGGUAGACUGCUCCCUCAACAGGAAGUUUUAUUUGGCUAUUCAAACCACUGACCACUGAUAGACUCAACCACACCCAGGUUCUAGAGAAGGCUUCACCAACCUGGUAUAGCCCAAAACAUCUCGGGGGGGGGGGCACUAUGUUGGCAAAGGUCCAACACAGGGUGUAUGUGAAAAAUAUGGCAUUAUUGCACUUUGAAUGGAAAAAAAUAUUGUUUUUUAAAAGGAAAGAAACUAUCAUAGAGCAGCAGCAUAAUCCUACACAUGUUUACCUAGGAGUAAACUGCAGCGAGCGCAGCAGGCUUUGCUCCCAAAUAAGAAGACAUAGGAUUCAUCUAACAUCCAUCACAACCAACGAUAACUGAAAAGAACCUCCAUGGCUAGAGGAAGUCUACCCUACCCAAAAAUCCAGGGAUUAUCCUGUGGAACUUCUGCCUGCACCUCACCUACCCCAUAGAAGCUAAAGGCACCAAGGAGGAGGGGAUGGGACGUGGGGUACUAGAUGCAUCUAGAGUUCUGUACUGAUUGCGAGAAGCCCACCAUAGUAUCAGACAAGGGGACAUUCCCAACCCUACCCAAAGAGGCCAAGGAUUAUCCUGUGGAACUUCUGCCUGUACCUCACCUUCCCCACAGAAGCUAAAGACACCAAGGAGGAGGGGAUGGGACGUGGGGUACUCAAGCCAAAAAAUGGGGGGUGGGGGGACCAAGACGCAGAGGCUUUGCAUCCUUUUUUUGCGUUGGAGUGCGCGCGGCUCGCCCGGGCCAACACAACCCACCGCACCAGGUGCUGCCCUCGCCACCAACGUUGUCGGGCACACAUGCCCAGGGCGCGAAGGGUUCCGCGCGUCAACUCAGCCUGGCUACCAGAGCCAAGUGGGGCUGCGCUUCGCCCCUGCCUGCCCUUGCCUGGAGAAGCUUGGUCGGCCGGCAAAUCCCGCUCCCCGAUGCUGGGACGCCUGGGACACGCAGUGGCUAGUCCAAGCUGGGUCCUGGUGGCACUCAGGGCGGGGUUCCUGCGUGGCGGCGCCUGGCUCCCGCCCCCUAAAAAUCACGCGCUUCGGACUACCAUCCCCCGGCCCAACCCCACACGCCACUGCCCAUGUCCAUACACACGUGCUCUCCACAGUUUCAGACCCGACUCUUUCCCCAGCCCUGCCUGGAAAUACUGCGGGUAAAGUAACCCUGGCCUCACUCCCCCCACACACAGACGCACCGCAAAGCUCUACCUCCGUGCAGCAGCCCUUCCUCCUGAAACCAAGGACCCAAGGUCGAGGGCCAACCAGACGGUGCUCUCCUGCUCCUUGUCCAUAAAACAUACAAUAAUAAUAAAUUAAAAUCAGGAACAACCUGUUGCCCCUCUCAGGGCAUCUAAAAUCAGCUGCCUGAGGCAGCCAUCCUAUUCUGAUGACCAGGAACCUGCAG